GCAGGGUGAUCAUGUCGUCGUCAAAGUCGGCUAUGGUUUUGGGUUACUGGGAUAUUCGUGGGCUGGCGCACGCCAUCCGCAUGCUCCUGGAGUACACGGAUACAUCCUAUGAGGAGAAACGGUACACGUGCGGGGAAGCUCCUGACUAUGAUAGAAGCCAGUGGCUGGAUGUGAAAUUCAAGUUAGACCUGGACUUUCCUAACCUGCCCUACCUUAUGGAUGGUAAGAACAAGAUCACCCAGAGCAAUGCCAUCUUGCGCUACAUCGCUCGCAAGCACAAUAUGUGUGGUGAGACUGAAGAAGAAAAGAUCCGAGUGGACAUCAUGGAGAACCAAAUAAUGGAUUUCCGCAUGCAACUGGUACAAGUCUGCUACAGCCCUGACCUUGAAAAACUGAAGCCUCAGUACUUGGAACAGCUACCUGGACAACUGAAACAAUUCUCCUUGUUCCUGGGGAAAUUCUCAUGGUUUGCAGGGGAAAAGCUCACCUUUGUGGAUUUCCUCACCUAUGAUGUCUUAGAUCAGAACCGUAUGUUUGAGCCCAAGUGCCUGGAUGAAUUUCCAAAUCUGAAGGCUUUCAUGUGCCGUUUUGAGGCUUUGGAGAAGAUAGCUGCCUACAUGCAGUCUGACCGCUUCUUCAAGAUGCCCAUCAACAACAAGAUGGCCCAAUGGGGCAACAAGAGAAUAUGCUGAGCAUGAGGCGACUUGCUCUGUUCGUUUUGUUCCCUUCUGUCCCUAAGGGGCCUGUACUUGCUCUUUUCUCUUCAAUAAAUAGCACUUAGGCUA